CGCGGCUGGGGCUCGGCAGGAAUUAAGAAGCCGAGAAGAUGGAGAGCCGCGCACUCCUCGCCCAGCCCGGGCUCCGGACCAGGGACACCGGCUGGGCGCUCCUCUAUUUCCUCUGCUGCGUCCUCCCCCAGACCGCCCCGCAAGUACUCAGGAUCGGAGGGAUUUUUGAAACUGUGGAAAACGAACCUGUUAAUGUUGAAGAAUUAGCAUUCAAGUUCGCAGUCACCAGCAUUAACAGAAAUCGAACCCUGAUGCCUAACACCACGUUAACCUAUGACAUCCAGAGAAUUAAUCUUUUUGAUAGUUUUGAAGCCUCGCGGAGAGCCUGCGACCAGCUGGCUCUUGGUGUGGCUGCUCUCUUUGGCCCCUCCCACAGUUCCUCUGUCAGCGCUGUGCAGUCAAUUUGCAAUGCUCUCGAAGUUCCACACAUACAGACCCGCUGGAAACACCCAUCGGUGGACAACAAAGACUUGUUUUACAUCAACCUGUACCCAGAUUAUGCAGCUAUCAGCAGGGCGGUCCUGGAUCUGGUCCUCUACUACAACUGGAAGACAGUGACAGUGGUGUAUGAAGACAGCACAGGCCUCAUUCGUCUACAAGAGCUCAUCAAAGCUCCCUCCAGAUAUAACAUUAAAAUCAAAAUCCGCCAGCUGCCCUCUGGGAAUAAAGAUGCCAAGCCUUUACUCAAGGAGAUGAAGAAGGGCAAGGAGUUCUAUGUGAUAUUUGAUUGUUCACAUGGGACAGCUGCUGAAAUCCUUAAGCAGAUUCUGUUUAUGGGCAUGAUGACUGAGUACUAUCACUACUUUUUCACAACCCUGGACUUAUUUGCUUUAGAUCUGGAACUCUAUAGGUACAGUGGUGUAAACAUGACCGGGUUUCGGCUGCUUAAUAUUGACAACCCUCGCGUGUCCUCCAUCAUUGAGAAGUGGUCCAUGGAGAGACUGCAGGCCCCCCCCAGGCCAGAGACUGGCCUUUUGGAUGGCAUGAUGACAACUGAAGCGGCUCUGAUGUAUGAUGCCGUGUACAUGGUGGCCAUUGCCUCCCACCGGGCUUCCCAGCUGACCGUCAGCUCCUUACAGUGUCAUCGACACAAGCCAUGGCGCCUUGGACCCAGAUUUAUGAACCUAAUUAAAGAGGCUCGGUGGGAUGGCCUGACCGGGCGUAUCACCUUCAAUAAAACCGAUGGCUUGAGGAAGGAUUUUGAUCUGGAUAUUAUUAGUCUCAAAGAGGAAGGAACUGAAAAGAUUGGGAUUUGGAACUCCAACAGUGGCCUUAACAUGACCGAUGGCAACAAAGACAGGUCCAACAACAUCACUGAUUCACUGGCCAACCGAACACUCAUAGUCACCACCAUUUUGGAAGAACCCUAUGUGAUGUACAGGAAAUCUGAUAAGCCUUUGUAUGGAAAUGACAGAUUUGAAGGGUAUUGCCUGGAUCUGUUGAAAGAAUUGUCAAACAUCUUGGGCUUCAUUUAUGAUGUCAAACUCGUCCCUGAUGGCAAAUAUGGAGCCCAGAAUGACAAAGGAGAGUGGAAUGGAAUGGUCAAAGAACUUAUAGAUCAUAAGGCUGAUCUGGCAGUGGCUCCUCUAACCAUUACCUAUGUUCGGGAGAAAGUCAUUGACUUCUCCAAGCCCUUCAUGACCCUGGGUAUCAGCAUUCUCUACCGGAAGCCCAAUGGUACCAAUCCAGGAGUGUUCUCCUUCCUCAACCCCCUGUCUCCUGACAUUUGGAUGUAUGUGCUCUUAGCCUGCUUGGGAGUCAGUUGUGUACUCUUUGUGAUUGCAAGGUUUACACCCUACGAGUGGUAUAACCCCCACCCAUGCAACCCUGACUCAGAUGUGGUGGAAAACAAUUUUACUUUACUAAAUAGUUUCUGGUUUGGAGUUGGCGCUCUCAUGCAGCAAGGAUCAGAGCUGAUGCCCAAAGCUCUAUCAACCAGAAUAGUUGGCGGGAUAUGGUGGUUUUUCACCUUAAUCAUCAUUUCAUCCUACACUGCCAACCUGGCUGCCUUCUUGACAGUGGAGAGAAUGGAAUCCCCCAUAGAUUCAGCAGAUGAUCUGGCAAAGCAAACCAAGAUAGAAUAUGGGGCAGUCAGAGAUGGAUCCACAAUGACCUUCUUCAAGAAAUCAAAGAUAUCUACCUAUGAGAAGAUGUGGGCAUUUAUGAGCAGCAGGCAGCAGACAGCCCUGGUAAAAAACAGUGAUGAAGGGAUCCAACGAGUACUCACCACUGACUAUGCCCUAUUGAUGGAGUCCACCAGCAUUGAGUAUGUGACGCAGAGAAAUUGCAACCUCACUCAGAUUGGGGGCCUCAUUGACUCCAAAGGCUAUGGAGUGGGAACACCUAUCGGCUCUCCUUACCGGGAUAAAAUCACUAUCGCUAUCCUUCAACUACAAGAGGAGGGCAAACUGCAUAUGAUGAAAGAAAAGUGGUGGCGGGGAAAUGGCUGCCCAGAGGAAGACAGCAAAGAGGCCAGUGCUCUGGGAGUAGAAAAUAUUGGGGGCAUAUUCAUUGUUCUGGCUGCUGGACUGGUCCUCUCUGUAUUUGUAGCCAUUGGAGAAUUUAUAUACAAAUCACGGAAGAACAGUGAUAUUGAACAGUGUCUCUCUUUCAAUGCCAUCAUGGAAGAACUGGGAAUCUCACUCAAAAAUCAGAAAAAGCUAAAGAAAAAGUCAAGAACUAAGGGGAAAUCUCCCUUCACAAGUAUCCUUACUUGUCAUCAGAGACGAACUCAGAGGAAAGAGACUGUGGCAUGAUCCAAGAAAACACCUGCAGGCAGCUUUCAGGAAGGAAAACGAUACGCUCACUACAGGUUUUGGGGAGGAAAGAUUCCUGACAAGUGUGUGAUGUGUUUCCCUGUAUCUAUAUUCAUAACUCUGGGUAUGCAUAUAGAUAUGCGAAAUACAACAGCUUUAAAAAGCUCACAGAGACAGAUAUUACUUGGGAAGUGCCACUGGAUCUUUUAAAAUGAAUUUGUAUGCUCACUUAUUUUGCCUUUUCUCCUUCUUCUCGAUAAAUUGCUGUGUGUGCUUUCUAAAUAAUAAUAAAUCAACAGGGUUUUUUUUUCCAGAA